AUGUUGUCGCAGCCGAAAGAAGGGACAGGACGAGGGACGGAGCCAGAAGUGGUGGAUUGGGAUAGCGACGAGGAUCCCCAGAAACCUAUCAACUGGAGUAAUGUUCGGAAGUUCAAGAAUAUUGUAGUGGUGUGUUAUAGCACGUUCCUGACCCCUCUAGGCUCCACCAUGUUCGCCCCAGCCAUCGCACAAGUCAUGUCCGCCUUCGAAUCCAACAACCCAGUACUCGCUAGCUUCACAGUGUCCGUUUGGAUCCUGGGUUACUUCUUCGGUCCGUUGUUUCUCGGUCCGCUCUCCGAACUCUACGGUCGACUUCCCGUUUACCUCGUCUGCAACACACUCUUUACAGUGUUCAACAUCGCAACGGCGGUGGCGCCCUCGCUACCUGCUCUUAUCGUCUUCCGCUUCCUAUCGGGUACCUUUGGCGGGUGCCCGAUCACCAUCGGCGCCGGGACAUUUGGUGAUUUGAUUCGGCCGAGGAGUAGAGGGAAGGUCAUCGCGGUGUGGUCGUUAGGCCCAAUGUUGGGGCCCAUCAUGGGCCCGAUUGCUGGCGGCUUUCUCGGAGAAGAUGCGGGAUGGCGGUGGAUUUGUUGGGUACUUAGCAUCGCUUCUGGUAUCGCUGCCAUCGCGACACUACUCUUCCAAGAAGAAACGUACCCGGUCGUACUGCUAGAGCAGAAAGCCGCCAAAUUGCGCAAGCAAACCGGGAACAAGAGCCUCCGGUCCACGUUCGCGUCCUUGGAUCGCAAGCCGAGCCAUGUCUUCGCGCGAGCCAUCAUCCGCCCCCUCAAACUGCUCUUCCGGAGUCCCAUCGUCACGCUCCUGAGCAUCUACCAAGGACUCGUGUACGGCUACAUGUAUCUCCUCUUCACCACAUUCCCGCUCGUAUUCCAAGAACAAUACGGCUUCGGCACGGGCGUCAUCGGCCUGACGUACCUGGGCAUGGGCGUCGGUUCCCUCAUUGGAUGCGUUGGUGCUGGUGUCGCGGCGGACAUGAUAUAUAGGAAGGCGACUGCAGCGGGGCGGUGGAAGCCCGAGGAGAGGCUUGUUCCCCUGAUCCCGGCGUGCUUUUUUAUUCCUGUCGGAUUGUUCUGGUAUGGGUGGGCGGCGGAGGGGAGAACGCAUUGGAUUGUGCCCAUUUUGGGGACGUUGGUUGCGGGGAUUGGGAUCAAUACGCUCAUGAUGUGUGUGGCGACCUACUUCAUCGAUGCACAUCCGCUUUAUGAGGCGUCAGCAACCGCAGCCAUGACGGCAGUACGCUCUCUCAUCGGAUGCCUCGUCCCGCUGUUCGGGCGCUCGAUGUAUGAAGCGAUGGGACUGGGCUGGGGAAAUAGUUUGCUAGGCUUCUUGAGUCUGGCGAUGUGUCCACUGCCGUGGCUGUUUUAUAGGUAUGGAGAGGGCAUAAGGAAGAACCCGCGGUUUCAGCUGAGACUGUGA